AUGCAAAUCGACAAGGCACCAGGGGCGCUCGCCGACAUCAACGCAGCGGUUGACGCCAUUGGCAUUGACUUUUGGCCAGUGAACCAGCGGAUUCACGAAAACCCGGAGCUCGCCUGGCACGAAUUCAUUGCUCACGAAGCACUCACGGCUUUUAUGGAGGCGCAACCGGGCUGGACCGUCAAGAGAUCUGUAUAUGGCAUUGACACUGCAUGGAUCGCGGAAUUUGACAGCGGUAUCCCUGGCCCGGUGGUUUCAUUCAAUGCUGAAUAUGACAGCUUGCCUGGAAUUGGACACGCCUGUGGCCACAACUUGAUUGCAACAUCGUCAGUCGUCGGCGCCAGUGCUGCUGCCCAGGUCAUGGUAGCCAAGAAGCUGCCUGGCAAAAUUGUUCUUUAUGGGACACCUGCCGAAGAGAAUGGGGGCGGCAAGAUUAAGCUGCUUGAAGCUGGCGCCUACGAAGACUACAGAGUCGAUUUGAGUCUGAUUUCACACCCUAGUAUUACCUUAACGUCGGCACGCAUGGGUACGACAGGCAUCUCCACCUUCAAGGUUGAGUAUUUCGGUGUGGCGGCGCAUGCGGCCGCGAAUCCCUGGCUCGGCAUCAACGCCCUCGAUGCCUUGGUGCAGGGCUACAACAACUUCUCUAUGCUGCGCCAGCAAAUCAUACCCGGAGAGAUCAUCCAGGGCCACAUCACCGACGGCGGCGACGCAAGCAACAUUAUCCAUAAGUACGCGGCCGGAGAAUUCACGGUGCGUGCCGACUCGGCACCGCGACUGGAAAUCCUGCGCGAGCAGGUCGUUAACUGCUUCCGGGCCGGUGCACUCGCGACCGGCGCAAAGCUCACCAUCACUGAUCUGGGCGCUUACAAGAACCACAUCUCCAAUGGCCCUAUGGCCAAUGCAUUUACGCGCUACUACAACGGGCUCGGCAAGGACCAUGCGAUUGCGACGGACGCGGAUAAGGACGCCGCCAACGGCAAGACGCAAGCCAGUACCGAUCAGGGCGAUAUGUCCCACGCCAUGCCGUCCAUCAGUCCCACGUACGCAAUCGAAGCGGGUGAAGGCGGCCAAGGACCGCACAACCCGGGCUUUGCCAAGUCGGCGGGCACCAAAGCAUCGUAUGCGCGCGCCUUGCGCGUGGCCAAGGGCCUCGCUGGUGUCGCUGUCGACGCAUUGCGCGACCAACGCUUCUUGGCCGAGAUCAAGAGCAGCUGGGAGCAUGACAUGAGGAACUCGGGCGGAAGCGGCACCCGGGCUUGA